UUUUUUUUUUUGGAUUUAACUUGAUUCACCUUCUACGAUCACUCUCUUCUCGUCCUUCCUUCCUUCCCUGGCGAUAUUCACACAUUUCCAUUUACACACUAAGGCCUUAUCAGGCAGCCAGGCAUGCUUCAGCGACCUACUCCUUCUACACAACUCGCUCCACAGCACCCUUCCAGGGCCACAUCCCCUGGUCCUUCUACUCCUUCCGCUUCACCCGCACCGCCUACGACUAUUCAGCGUACUACCAUGCUCGCCACUCCACGUCCUAUUACCCGUCAGAACUUACAACUUCCAAAGCCAACCGCCGGAACUACAGGAGCGGCCACCGCUGCCACAGCUCCAAUAGCAGCAGUUUCAACAACCGCUACGUCUCCAGGAUUAGGCCCUACCAUCAUGAAUAACAUCCGCAGAGGGAUAGCUGCCGUCAAGUCUACGUCGUCAUCCCUUAUUGAUAAACCACAACACUCCUUGGAUCAUGCCAGCGCAGAUGUCACACUUUCUCCGCCCUCAACUGCCUCCAUGAACAAUUCCCGCCCUGCAUCUCCGUCCCCUCAAUCCCAGGCUGCUACAGGAACAACUACAGGGACUAGCUCUUCUCCCUCGACGACAGGCGCCAAGACAGAGAAUGUCACUGUUACUGUGCGUAUCCGACCAUUUAGCAGCUCAGAAUUGCGUGCUGCUGGUGGACCAACUGAAGUGUGGGAUGUUAGCGAUGAUGGAUCGAAAAUCGGGUAUGCAGAUGACUAUGCUGUACAAGCACGACGUGCACCUGUCGAGUAUAUCUUUGAUCAUGCCCUGACUGGAAGUGAUAACGAAGAAAUUUACAACUCCAGCGUCAAGAACCUUGUCCAAUCUGCUAUGGAAGGCUAUAAUGGAACGGUAUUCGCAUAUGGUCAGACUUCAUCAGGAAAAACAUAUACCAUGAGUGGAAAUGAAACACAACCAGGAAUUACCCCGCGUGCAAUCGAGGAUAUUUUCAAGUAUAUUCGCGAGAAUCCAGAUCGCGAAUUUCUGCUGCGUGUGUCAUAUCUGGAAAUCUACAACGAAUCCAUCAGAGAUCUUUUAUCACCUGAGGCAAUUGAUUUGAAGAUACAUGAGGACCGGCGCCGUGGCGUCUAUGUCAGCCCACUGAAGGAGGAGAUCGUUACCACACCUAGUCAAGUCAUGAGGAUCAUCGAGAGGGGCAAUGAUCAGCGCCAUGUCAGCGCUACAGACUUUAAUGCUCACAGCAGCAGAUCGCAUUCUAUUUUCCAAAUUGUUAUCGAAAGCCGAGACCGUUCAGCAGCAAGUUCAGGAAGUUCAACGCCACGCAAGCCUGCAGGAGCCAAGCCUGCUGCCGCUGUCCGCGUAUCGCAGCUGAACUUGAUCGAUUUGGCAGGAUCAGAGAAAGCGACUUCAAAUGAAGAGAGGCGUAAGGAGGGCGCCUUUAUCAAUAAAUCACUACUUACUCUAGGAACCGUUAUCUCAAAGCUAACAGAGGAAAAAGGUGCUCACAUCCCAUACCGUGAUUCAAAAUUGACGCGUAUUUUACAGUCAUCCCUUAAUGGAAAUGCUCGUGUAUCUGUUAUUUGCACCAUUAGUCCGUCUUCUUUGAACGUCGAGGAAUCAAACAAUACACUCAAAUUUGCUGCGCGCGUCAAGAAGGUCGUCACAAAGGCGCAGACAAACUCGGUCAUGGAUGAUAAAGCUCUUCUUGAAAAGUAUAGACGUGAGAUCAGUGAACUAAAGGCACAGCUUAUGGCGACUGUUUCUAAUGGUAGUGAUGUCAUUGGAGUUGGUGGAGACAAUAAUGCAGGCGGUAAACAAGCAGAGCUCUCGACCUUGCUUGAGAAGGAGCGCCUUAAGCAUGAAGAAGAAAUGCUCGAGAUGAACAUGGUCAGGAACGCACUUAAAGAACGUAUCGACCAUCUCACAACGCUAAUCCUAACAUCGCAGUCAAUAAACACCAAAUCUGCAGCUCCAGAACGACCUAUAAGCAGAUAUACAGUUGAGACCUCCGCAGAUGGCACGGUACUUGAAUUCCCCAAGGAGAUUGAAUCUCGUUUGGCACAUAAGGAUGCGCUCGUCAAACAGCUGAAAUCAGAGGUGGAAAUGCAGCAAGAGAAAAUGGCACUAAUGCGAGUAGCAAUAGAAAAGACACUUAAGGGUGAAAGCGUUGAUCUUGAAAAGACUUUAGUCAAGGUUUUGGAGGAUCCACCCAGAGAGAAGCUUCUGAAUGAGAAGCGAGCGUCGAUCAUGAGCGCCCAUUCCUUGGAGCCAAUAAGUGAAACCGGCAACAAUGUCGAUAUAACUGCACCUAGGUCAAUACAGUUAGGGAAGGGUGACAAAGCCGCACGUUCCCUACCCAAUGCUGGACUCACUGGAGAUGACAAUAAGAGCUAUCUUAACCUAAAUGAAGACGAGAACGAGGAUGACGAUCUUUUGGACACACCAUGGAACCGCGAAGAGCUGCGAAACCUUAGGCAAGUCAAGCGAGAGCUUGAGGUUGUCGUGGUUGCUCAGACGAAGAAAUUGGAAGACGUACUGAAUUCUGUACCAUUUGAAGAUUCUGAUGAAUUCAGGGAUAUGGUAAUUGAAAUGGAGGAGCAGCGCGAGGAAAUUGUGACAUUGAAAGAGGAGCGUGAAAGGCUAAGGAUGAAAGUGACUGAGCUAAAGAAUACGAUUCGAAGAAUGGAACAAGGGGGCUCUUCGUCAACGUCGUUAUCGUCAGAUGCAGCUGAUAUGACUUCAGGAUCAUUGGGACGAUCAACAGAUCCUGGGACACCCGUUAAUGCAAAAAUUAAGGAGUUAGAGAUGAUUGCACAGAAAGAGCGGCGACUUCGGAUGGACGAACAGGCCAGGAGCAUGGGACGGAUUGACUCUUUGGAGGCGAAGCUGACCAUGUUGAAAGCUGAGCUUUCUGUGUAUAAACUUGCAGCAUAUGAAUAAGGAAUAUCACACAAGAGGAGCAUUUUAUACAUUAUCAUUCUUUUUUUUUUCUUUUUUCCACUUAAACACAUUCAUGGCUUUAGAGCAUUGCAUAGAUCACAAACAGAUACAGCCUAC